CCCAUCACAGGUUAGGGAAUACGAUUGGUGAAUUAUUCUCCCGCUAGCACUGACGUUCUAUGAGAGGAGAAACGAAACCGGGAGGAAUCCGCCAAUGGCUGCCUUCCAAUUGUCCCCCUACGGAAACUUAGGCGAAGCUCCUAUUACAGGCGCCGCAUGAGGAUCAACUCGAAGAAUAGAACAGGUUGCGAGCUGGUGAAGGGUUAUCUUGGCCAUCUGGGUGCCCUAGUAGAAUUGAAGCUUGGCGUAUUUUUUUCAUACGUGAAACCGCAAUCAAAGUUCCGCUUCUGAAGAAAAAAACCGAUUUCUGGGAGCAUCUGUUCCGAUCGACACAUUUUAUGAGUACAGUUGGCGUAAGCUUUGAUGUGUGCUAUGCAAGUAAAUGAGUUUGACUCAUCAGAUGAGGAGUCCCUGGGGGAAGAACAGACACCUUUUCAAGUAUCCUGGUUACCCUUAUCACCAGCUUAUUCCCAGUUUCUAGGAAUCAGCUCGCUACCAGGUUGUCGAUUCAAAAAUAUUAAAAGAAACCUUCAGAAAGAUAUAGAUGAACUAAAAAGUCACGGGGUGCUCGAUGUAUUUGUUCUCUGUACCAAACGAGAACUCAUAAAGUACCGUGUCCCACACCUCGUGGAAACGUAUCAGAAUUAUGGGAUCACUGUGCAUCACCAUCCUAUUUCUGAUGGAAGUACACCAGAUAUUGCCAGAUGCUGUGUUAUUCUAAAUGAACUGAGGAACUGCCUUGAAAAUAAACGAAAAAUCACAAUACAUUGUUAUGGAGGACUUGGACGAUCCUGUCUCAUGGAGGCUUGCCUUCUGCUCCAGAUAUCUGACACCGUAACCCCGCAGCAGGCAAUAGACUGCGUGAGGGAGUUGAGAGGUUCAGGUGCAAUACAAACAUUAAAGCAGUACAACUUCCUUUAUGAUUUCCCGGAGACCUUGGCUACCUAUUUGGCAACAGAAAGUAAGCAACCAAGAUCAGUAUCCCGAUAAAACACCCAGAGUUUAGUUACUACUUGAAACUGUAUGUUGCGUUGUUUUUAUUGUACCCAUAGUGGAAAAUAAUUUUAUUGACUGCCUGCCAGUUAUCUCCUUGACAAGGGAUAUGUGACUAACUACAUAGCACAAACCCCUGAAUAAAGUUCCAUCUGCGGAUUGUAUUUUGACAGCAAAUUAUAACAUAGCAGAACGCAUAAUAAAUAUUUUUAAUCUCUCGUUUACCUUAUGCCCUUUCCAAUUCCUGUUUAGUUUUCUCUGCUGUGAUAGAGGCUUUUUUGUUGUACUCCUUUACACAGUUUAUGGGAAAGUCUAUAUAAGACAAUCACAUUACCUUAAUUUAUAUUACAGCAAUGUCAGUUUUUGGGUGGAGUAUAUUGUAAGACACUAGCAAUAGAAAUACUGUGAGUUGUGUUUCAUAUGUGUUCACUUUUCAAUUGUGUGUUCCUGAACACAUGCCUAUGGGAAACCAGAUGUUUAUUCACAAGUAGAAAUGUUUAUGAGUUUGCCUGUUCCCUGAAUAAGCAAUUCAUAAUCUCCCUUAAAGCAGAAUAACUUGCAUUUAAGUUGUCCCAAUGUAUCACCUGGAAGCUCACUCUAUCAUUACUACAACUACAGUACCAGUCAACCAUAAUGUUUUCAGUACUAGCAGUCCAACCUGCUACUUAAAACAGAAAAUGGCAAAAAAAAAAA